GAUGGGUAGAACUUUCGUAAACACUUCGGUUCAUCGAGCAUUUAAAUUUGAAUUUGUCAUAUAAUUAUAGAAGCUAUUAUUAUUUAUAGAGAUGUUUAAAAAAAAAUGGAAGUGAUUCACACUACAAUGGCUCAAAAGAAGAAAAAUGUACCAUGGACCGAUUGCUGCAAAGAUUGGGGGGACUAUAUGGAAGCUAAAAAAUGUAAAUUAGAAGAACAGUUUCAAGAGGCUGCCAAACAAGAGUGCACAAAUGUUUCUACACUUUUUAAUGGGAUAGCGAUUUUUGUUAAUGGAUACACAAAUCCUAGUGCUGAAGAAUUAAAACGUAUUAUGAUGUCACAUGGUGGAAUAUAUCAUCAUUAUUUGCGUUCUAAGGGUACAACACAUAUGAUUGCUUCAAAUUUGCCUUAUUCAAAAAUUAUUGCUUACAGAAAAGCACGAAAUCCAUUACCUCUUUGUAAGCCAGAAUGGAUCACCGAUAGUAUUCAAGCAGGAAAAGUUCUUGACUUUAGAAAAUAUUUGUUAUAUUCUCAGUGUACUGAUAGUCAACCUUCGAUCGUGGCUCAAAUGUUAAAGAAAACCAAAUCAGAUACUCGUUCGGAUGCGAAGCAAAAUGUCGAAUCAGCAAAAUUAACCACUAACAAGGAUAUUCAAUCUCAGAUACAAGGGACAUCAAAAGAACAAAUACCCUCAGGCAUUUCAAAUUGUACCAAAAAUCCAGAAUUCUUAACAGAAUUUUAUAAUAAUUCUCGCCUGCAUCACAUUGCAACGAUGGGAGCAAUGUUUAAAGAUUAUAUUAAUGAUCUUAGAGAUAAAAACAAUAAAAUUUUUCCUGGCUUAAUGGCUUUAAAAAUGCAGUCAUCGAGAAACUCCUCCAAGACCGAUCCAUCAAAUAGAAUCGACGAUUCUGAUUCAGAUGACAAUUUAUUUUAUAAUAACCAGUGUGCUUCUAAUAUAAAUCCAACUAUGCCAUCUAUAACAGAGAAAACUCAAAUUAUAAUGCAUAUAGAUAUGGAUUGCUUUUUUGUAUCCGUAGGUCUUCGUGAUCAUCCUGAAUUGAGAGGUUUUCCUAUUGCCGUUGCACAUGCAAAAGGCAAUAUACAAAGGGCAUCUAUCAAUCCUAAUAAUAUCAACGAGUGUGGUUCAAUGUCAGAAAUUGCUUCUUGUUCGUAUGAAGCAAGACAAGCUGGAGUGAAGAAUGGCAUGCUUCUAGGUCAAGCAUUAAAACUUUGUCCAAACUUAAAAACUAUUAAAUACAAUUUUAAUGGAUACAAAGAAGUAUCUUAUGCUCUAUAUGAUACAAUUGCUUCCUAUACUCUAGAUAUUGAAGCAGUAAGCUGCGAUGAGAUGUAUGUAGAUUGUACAAAAAUUUUACAAAUAAGUGGUUUAAAUCCCUUAGAUUUUGCUAGCAUAAUAAGGAAGGAAAUUAAGGAAAAGACUGGCUGUCCAGUUUCAACUGGAUUUGGUGAAAAUAAAUUGCAAGCAAGACUAGCAACUAAAAAAGCUAAGCCUAAUGGCCAAUUUUAUUUAAAACAAGAUUGUGUUAAACCUUUCAUAAGAUCGUUAUCUGUGAAGGAUUUACCAGGAGUUGGAUAUGCUACAAGUGAGAAAUUGCGUCAACUGAAUAUUCAAACCUGUGCUGAUUUAGAAAUUGUUAGCCUAUACGAAUUACAAAAAGAAUUUGGAAAAAAAAAUGGCCAACAACUAUACGAUAUGAGCCGUGGUAUUGACCACAAUAAAUUAAAUUUGGAACAUAUUAGAAAAUCAGUUUCGGCAGAAGUUAAUUAUGGCAUUCGAUUUGAAAAUUCUGAUGCAGCGCAUGAAUUUUUAAAAAAAUUAAGUCUAGAAAUUAGCGAUAGAUUAAAAAAAGUCAAUUUAAAGGGGAAAAGUAUAAAUUUGAAAGGUAUGUUUCGAGCAAAAGAAGCACCAAAUGAACCAAAAAAAUUCAUGGGUCAUGGUCAUUGUGACAUUAUCAAUAAAUCAAAGAAUCUUUUUACUGCCACCGAUGAUCCUGUAAUAAUUACAAGAGAAGUUUUACAUCUCUGGAAUCAGUUAAAUCAGAACCCUGCCGAUGCAAGAGGUAUAGGAAUACAAAUAACUAAAUUAGAAGCUAAAAAUAAAUCACAUGGAUCAACACUUCUAAAGUUUAUUGAUAAAAAUAAAUCAGAAAAUAAGAGAGAUCACAAAAUGAACAGUUUGACAAAUGUAAAUAUCAUAAAUGAACAGAAUAGAGUUGAAUGUGAUAUAAUGAAAUUUCAAGAUUCAAAUAAAGAUCGAUGCGAAGAAGUUGCAAUUAAUAACAAUCAUAACUCACUGGAAGCAAAUAAUAUUAUCGAAAGUACAGAAAAUCAACAGGAUACAGCGCAAUCGAAUAAGAAAAAUUUAAAUAAUUUACAGAAUAAACAUGAAAGAGACAAUGAAUCGAUUAAUCCAUCUAUGGAAGACCAAAACUCAAAAUUAUCCAGUCAACUUAAGCAAACUAGGCAAUCUGAAUAUUUUAAACAAAUAAAACCUCAUAGUAAAGCAGGAAAAAUUAAAAUUCCAGAUAUUAAUGAAAUUGACAUGAAAGUUUUAAUUGAAUUACCAGAAACUAUUCGUAACGAAAUCCUUAAUGAAUAUAAAGAAAGUAAUAAAUCAAUAGAGAAGAGUACAACAAUUGAACAACAUUGUAAUCGUGAAAAUAAAAGCACAUCUAGUAUAAGACUAGAUAGCGAUCUAUCAUUCUCUCAAAUUGAUCCAGAAUUUAUAGCAGCUUUGCCCAAUGAAAUAAAAAAUGAAAUAAAGUCUUAUUACGAUAAUCGAAAGAAAAGAAAAAUACAAUCAGAAGAAAAGCGUAUUAAGAAUUUUGUGCACAAAGGAUGGGAUAUGUUUAAAAGUGAUAAGAAACCUAAUAAAAAUGAAAAAUUAAAAUCGCAUAAACCAAAAAUAAAUAAUGCUGGUAGAAAGAAAAAGAAGAACGAUGCUGUAUCUUCUUGUAAACCGAAGGCAGUUGAAGUGGCUCCAAAGAAAAUGAUGGUACAAGAACCAGAGAAAAUACCUAAAGCUAAAGCUAUAAAUAACAGUUUUCACUUUGACCUUUCGAGUGGGAACUUGGAACAUUCGAAAAUGUUAACAAAUAUCGUCAAUUGUCUCCUUGAACUUCCAAUAUCUCAAGUAAAAGUGCAAAUAAGAGAAUGGAUACUUAAUAAUUCUGAUGUAAAUAAUGUUGAUUUUCUCACAUUGACGACUUAUCUUGGAAUUCUGCCAAAAAAACGACGUAUCGAAGAUCUCUACAUUCUCUUACGUUGUUUAAAUAGGAUUAUUAGCGAAUCAAAGAGUUGCAUCUGGCAUGAAACGUAUAAGAAAAUGUUGGAACAUAUUCAAGCUCGAAUGCGCUUACAAUAUACUUAUGAUAUAAUGAUACCUGAACAAAUAGCCUGUGAUAAAUGCAUGAUUACGAAAGUGUAAUAUACAUUCAUAUUUAUUUAUAAGUACCGUUGUUAAUAAAUUAUAAAUAAA